CCGCACAGACUUCUGCAGCGACCCUCUCCUGCUUCCCGGGACGCCCAGGACGUCUGCCCAACGGAUUGGUGAGAUCUUCUUCUUGGGGGCCUAUACACCUGUGCUUGGCUUUGCCUGCUUGCGUGCUGUCCUGGGGAGCUUGUCGGGCAGGCAGGGCCUCAGCCCCGGCRCUGCCGGCGCGGCCGCCCGCCUCGGGGCAUCCCUGGGUGAGCUGCUGAGGUAGACGAGCUCCUUGGGGAAGGCUAGAGGGCUGCGGCCUUCCUCUGGGCUGGGACGGGGCGCGCGUGUUAUGGUAGCAUCGCUCUGAGGCAGCACUGCUUGAUCUCGACCYCUUGCUAUGAUGACCGAUAUUGUCAGUAACUGGAAGCUGGAGCAGUUUGUGCUCCAGAAGUGCCUCCCUCCGAUCUGGUCCCCGGGAGCUUUCCAGGGACCGGAGGCCUACCAGCAGCUGUGCCAGCAGUGGGAGAGCUGGUCCGAGGAGUCCAAAAAGCCCAAGCCCACCAACAAGUGCAAGAAACGGGCUGCACUGCAGGGGUUGCUGAUGGUAGGUAGGGAGUUGUCCAGACUGCUCAAGGAGGCACUUGAGAGUGUGCAGACACUGGAACAGGCCAAGGGCGAGCUCAAGAUGCAAGUGGACAACUUGCGGGCAGAGGUGCAGGGCUUGUGCGGUGACUCCCUAAGGAGCGCCGUGGAGAUCACCCGCCUGGAGAACAAGCUGGGCUACGAGAAGCUGAAGACGGAGGAGCUGGAGAAGGAGGUGGGCAAGUGGAUAGGUGAGACGCACGAUGCGCAGAGCGCGGUGAGGGCUGUCCUGCAAGACGUGCAGCGGGACCGCGGCAGCGGGCCCGACCAUAAGGUGUGCCACGCUAAGAUCCAGGAGCUGCAGGCCGAGCUGGGGGUGUCCAGGGGCAUAGUGGCCGCGAUCCAGGGGAAAAGGAACCGGUUCGGUAACGGUGACAGUGAGGACUGCUUGGACCCCCACCCGCCGCACUAUGACUACGAGGAUGAUGUGUGGGGAGCAAACAGCCCCACGAGGCCUUCUCCUUAUGCCCCGCUGCGGGAGGAGAUGUGCCARCUGCAGGGGACAGAGGUGGAGGCUACUAAAGCUAAAAAGAGUGCGGCAGACGAGCCCCCUGCCCACGUGCCGCUCCAAGCCAUAGACACCAACAGGGCUGUGCUGUGGUUCACCCCCGAGCAGCUAAAGACGGUGGGGAAGAUGCUGGGCCCCUUGACCAAGGAGACGGCCGUGAACUGGCUGUCGAGAGCCCAGAGGCUGCCGCGCUGCCAGAACGGCAACUCGGUGAGCGACCUGAUAGAUGUGGUGAGGAAGUGCAUGAAGCCCGAUGACUUUGCGGCRCUGCCGGGCGACGUGCAGAUGGGGAACGUGCAGGACAUUGGUGACGUUCAGUCUGCCGUGCUCAAGGUGUUCUUCCCGGAGGUGAACCCCUUGGUGCUCUUCCACCAGGAGAAGCAAAACCCCGAGGAAAGGCCCGACGCAUAUGUGAACAGGAAGAAGAUGCUGUACCAGAUGGCAGGGCUGCCCGGGUCGAAGGACUCCCCCCUCGACUUUGACAGGCCCGAGUUCAAGGAGCCGCUGGUGGUGGGGCUGACGCCCCCGUUGCGGGUGAUAGCAGGGGGGGAUGCAGCGAGGAAGCCGCUCUCUGAGCUCGAGCAGAUCCUCACGCAGAAUUUCGAGCUGCAAAAGCAGGCGUUCCCAGGGUACAUGCUGGGGGGGAAGAAAGGGAAGUCUGCAGCCAUGUCCUUCCAAAACGCAGGGGUGAGGAAAAUGCAGGGGGACAACAGGAAGGACCCUGAAGGCAAGAGCAGCUCAGGGAAGGAAAACCAGCAGGGGAUGAGGUUUCAAAAGUCCAACCCUUGGAGGGCUGAGCUGAGGAAGCGCUUGAUAAAAUACGAGAAGCAAGAAGACAUCGACGGCCUGCCAGACGCUGAGCUCUUCCGAAAGCUGGCACUGCACGAGGCCAAAAAGCACAGCAGCUCCAACCCCAUCGACCCAGGGUCUAAGGCUCAGCAAUAGGGCUGCCAGGCACCUGCAUCGCCCCUUUUUGUGGCACCGAUUAAGACCGAUUUGUGGGGGCGCCUGAUAGUUGAUAUAACUAUUGGAGGAGGGGUGCUUGGACAAGUGAUGUUAAUUGAUACUGGUGCCUCUUAUUCAAUUCUGAAUAUGACCCCUAGUGAGACUGGACUCUUUCAAACCUCUGAAAUCAUUGACAUAAAUGGACUCAAUGGCCAAAAAGCUUCUGUGCCAUUUACCGGGCCCAUACCAUUUGAAAUUGGCACUGCCAAAGGGUCAGAAAAAUUUGGUAAAAUGGAA